ACGGCGCCCCCGCAGCGCCGCGCGGCCGGCGCCUGACGCCUGCCUCCUCCCCGUCCGGCAGCGCGGGGCUGCGGGCAGCGGCAGCGGCACGCGCGGACCCCCCGGCAGCGCUCGGCUCCGUUCGGCUCCGCUCGGCCCCGCUCGGCCCCGUUCGGCCCCGUUCGGCCCCGCUCUGCCGCCUGGCGCCAUGUCGGUGGCCGGCCUGAAGAAGCAGUUCCACAAAGCCACCCAGAAAGUGAGUGAAAAAGUAGGAGGUGCAGAAGGAACCAAGCUAGAUGAUGACUUCAAAGAAAUGGAAAGGAAAGUGGAUGUUACCAGCAGGGCAGUUAUGGAAAUAAUGGCGAAGACAAUAGAAUAUCUUCAGCCCAAUCCAGCUUCCAGAGCUAAACUCAGCAUGAUCAACACUAUGUCAAAAAUUCGAGGCCAGGAAAAGGGACCAGGUUACCCACAGGCUGAAGCCUUGCUGGCAGAUGCAAUGCUGAAAUUUGGCCGUGAACUUGGAGAAGAAUGCAACUUUGGACCAGCACUUGCAGAUGUGGGAGAAGCUAUGAAGGAGCUUUCUGAGGUCAAAGACUCUUUAGACAUGGAAGUUAAACAAAACUUCAUCGACCCACUUCAGAAUCUCCAUGACAAAGACCUGAGAGAAAUACAGCAUCACCUAAAGAAAAUGGAGGGUCGGCGCCUGGAUUUUGACUACAAGAAGAAAAGACAGGGCAAGCUCCCUGAUGAAGAGCUUCGCCAAGCGCUGGAGAAAUUUGAUGAAUCAAAAGAAAUUGCUGAGUCAAGCAUGUUCAACCUUCUGGAGAUGGAUAUUGAACAAGUGAGCCAGCUUUCUGCUCUUGUACAAGCCCAGCUGGAGUACCACAAGCAGGCCACACAGAUCCUUCAGCGAGUUACUUCUAAGCUGGAAGACAGAAUAAAAGAGGCGUCAUCUCAGCCCAAAAGAGAAUACCAGCCCAAACCUCGUAUGAGCCUGGAUUUCACAACUGGUGACAAUACUCAGCACAAUGGAGGAAUAUCCCAUGCCACCACUCCCAAACCAGCAGGUGCUCACAUGGAUCAGCCAUGCUGCCGAGCUCUGUAUGACUUUGAACCAGAAAAUGAGGGGGAGCUGGGAUUUAAAGAGGGUGAUAUUAUUACCCUUACUAACCAGAUUGAUGAAAACUGGUAUGAAGGGAUGCUUCAUGGCCAGUCAGGCUUCUUCCCUAUCAAUUAUGUUGAUAUUCUAGUUCCUUUACCCAAUUAGAAUGGCUGAUUCACCACCUCUGACCCAGAUAGUAAUGUCAGUACCACUGCUUUCCAAAUGCUGCUUCUUACACCUUACAAGUGCAAAUUGCAGUGGUUAGAGUCAUCAAGUCCCACUGAGCAUCUUUGGUUUAUGUGUUGUCAUACUACGUAGUGGUGAUGCGUGGUAUCUUCUGAGCCAACACAAUGUUGUGAGCCAACACAGUGUUAGAUCACUUGGCCAUGCUGGCCUGGUGGUAACCAGAGCUAUUGCUGAGAUGGAGUUGGGAAGACAAUAGCAAGCCAGACAGAUGACUCAUGGUGAAGUAGCAGGAAGUGAAGGCGGUAUUGGGAAGAUAAUGCCUAUCACCACUGUAUUACUUUUCAAUCUUAGUUCUCUAUAAAAAGAGGGAAGAGUUCUUACCAUUCCAUCUUUCCCUUCCUUAUGGUACAGUUCACACAGGUCUAACCUUGUCUAACCAGAAUUGUGUCUUCUGACCAAAAUGGCUUGCUAUUCUCACAGAGACAGUAUAAAUGUAGACCCUCUGGUUUCUCGAAAGUGAACCACUGUACCGUGUGCCCUUCUGAUCUAUGCUCAUUUUUGUAUUCUUGAUUGUUAUUUAAAACCUAUUUCCAUCCAGAAGUAAACUGUAAACCAUAAAAAGGGGAUUCCUAUAACAAAAAGCUUGAACCACAAACCACAUGAAUUUGCCCUUCAGAAACUUUGAGCAUGCUCAACAAAAUGCCAAUAGGAGGGCAAGAUAGGGGAUAAAACUGCUUAAGUGUUAACUGUUUCUUGUCAGUUUUUGGCAUAAAGUCAUGCUGCUUAAGAACCAGAUAUUCUUUGUAAACUCAUUCACUGGGGAAGAAAUCCAACCAAACACAACCCUCCCUUCUUUUAUUUCUGUCUACCAUGUGUUCUUCGAACAUCAUUUGUGCAUAUUCUGCCCUCAAUGAGGACUAAAUAAAACUUAUUUAUUUUUGUGUUGAGCAAUUAAAGACAUGUGGCUGUAUAUGCAAAAACACUUCCCCAUAUGUUUAGUUCAUUAUUUUUUUCCUCCUUACUGCACUUGGUGUGUACAGUGCUGUGCCUAGCUUCUCAGCGUUCUUUUGGUAACAAUUGCAAAAGUUCUGUUAGUUUAGUAGUCCAGGGUUCUGUUUAUCUAAACUAUACAGACUCUUUCAGAGGUUUAAUGUGUUGCUUCGAAUGUGCCACUUCAGUACUGGAUGAUGUGAAAUGAAGACAUUCCCUACUGCUUUAUGUAUAAACUGUAUCAUGGAAAUAUUGAUAUUUCAAAUAAAUGCUGAGAGAAUAAC